UGAAGAUGCCGCGUGCUUCUUGCGAUGAGGCUGUUGACAUGGAGUCGCAAAGCUCUGAUGAGCGACAGAAGGCCAUGCGUGCGCAGCUGAUGACACCCAUGGCGGCAACAACGGACGAAUGGGUUCGUGGCGACCCAGGUCCAUUUGGGCUUUUGUGCUUCGGUAUGACAACCUGCUGGGCUGAAUCUUCAUUUCUUCCGACCGUCAUGUGCUACGCCAUGUUCUACGGUGGAUUCGGCCAGUUCGUCGCUGGCGUCCUAGAGUUGAUCAAGGGCAACACUUUCGGCGGCACUGCCUUCGCCAGCUACGGAGCUUUCUGGAUGGGCUGGUUCCUGUUGGAGCUCCUGAUGAAGCAGUACCCCUCGGUGUACAAGACCGCGCUCACGGGCAAGACGCUCUGGUGCGGACUGUGGGCCUUCCUGACGGCCGGAUUCUUCGUUGUGACGCUUCGCAAGAACGGCUGCCUGAUGACCAUCUUCUCAACCCUGGUCAUCACCUUUUCGCUGCUGGCUGGCGGAGUGUGGAACGAGAACUGCGAGCUGGCCGCGGGCUACUUUGGGUUCUUCUGCGGCGCGUCCGCCAUCUACGCCGCCUUCGCCUUCCUGUACAAAAUUGAGCUCGGAAUCGUGCUGCCAGGCGCGAGGCCCGUUGCAUAUAUUUAGGGGAGUUCAUGAGCUUAUGGUUAGCUAGCUUACAAUUAGUUAGUGAGCGUACUAAUGUCCGGGCAUGUGAUUAUCGUCGAAGCGCUUUCGCUUUCGCUGUACGAAGAUUUCCAAUGAACCAAUCCUUUUGUCUGUGUUCAUUGCGCGCCGAUUUUUGCCCGUUGGAACUCGGGUGCGCGGCGCGGUGGUUGUUCGCGGCUGAAUCGAAAAAAGGAGGAAUUUACAGGUUUUGUGGCUAUUAGGGUUGGGCGUUGAGGUGUGACACGAUGGCGCUAGGAAUGCUAGGAGUGAUCUAACGUUUGAAUCAUGUAUUCGCUACCUAUUGAUAGAUAAACCUCGAUACAGUUAUUUUCCUUGGGUUAUGUGAUUGCGUGUCCCCCUUGGUUUGGCCCUCGUUCGACGCGGUUCAUGUUCGGCGCUUAUACGGCAUGCAACCCACACCAAGACGGGCCUUUUGGCGCGUUGCAUGCUGCGCUGUGCAGCGGCGCUUGUUUGUUACUAUUGGCAGUACGCCAAGUUUACCUUUUUGGGGAUUGGGAUUGGGAUUAAUCUUCAGUUAUACAGUCAAUUUUCAGUUAUUGUAGAACUGGCGCCAAAAAGGAUGGAAGCGCGGGAUGAAGAAUGGCAGCACUUGAACACGAUUUAAUGGAAAUAAAUCCUGUACAUGAGUUGUACCUUUUUGGUAUGGGUUUACGUGGGUUUUCAUGGUGUACUACCCAAACAGAAAGGACUAUUAUUUUUUUUGUAAACGUCGAAAUUUGGUGG